AUGGCUUCUCCGUCUCCUAAAUCGCCAGAACAAAGUGAAAAGAAUAAGCAAUAUGACCGGCAAUUACGACUUUGGGGAGACCAUGGUCAGGCUGCACUUGAAAAUGGACAUAUAUGUUUAAUAAAUGCUACUGCUCUAGGUACUGAGAUAUUGAAGUCGAUUGUGUUACCCGGUGUUGGAGCGGUUACUAUAGUUGACCACAAUAUAGUAAGUGAUGAAGAUAUUGGUUGUAACUUUUUUUUAGAAUGUUCCAGUAAAGGGCUCAAUAGAGGCUCUGAAACUCUCCGACUUUUAUUAGAAUUAAAUCCAGCUGUACAAGGGCAUGCUGUGUAUGAACCAGCAGAACAAAUUCUACGUGACAACCCUGAUUUUUUUAAAUCAUUUAGUGUUGUAAUAGCAACAUCCAUCACCGAAAAGACUAUACAGGAUUUGGCACAGCAUUUGUGGGAUAUCAAUGUACCUUUUGUGUUAUGUAGAUCUGUUGGGUUUUUAGGAUCUUUUAGAAUACAAAUGAAAGAACAUACAAUUAUAGAAACUCAUCCUGAGAAUGAGCAGAUAGACUUACGUUUGGAUGUUCCAUUUCCUGUUCUUUCUGAAUAUUUAGACACCUUUAACAUAGAUGCGGUUGACCUGAAAGAUCAUGGCCACAUACCUUGGAUUGUCAUUUUAUACAAAGCAGUUCAGAAAUGGCAAAUUACAAAUCAAAAUAGGUGGCCUAUGAGUAGAAAAGAAAAAAACGAAGUUAAAGAUGUUAUUCGAGAGUUCUUUAAGAAAGAUGAAAAUGGUAUACCAAUUGAAGAAGAAAAUUUUGAAGAGGCUUUAAGAGCUGUUAACACAGCAUUAGUUCCAACUUUUUUGCCUGUAAAAAUUCAAGACCUAAUUUAUAGUAGUUCUGCAAUUAAUUUAACUAAAGAAAGUUCACCAUUUUGGAUCAUGUGUUCGGCACUAAAAGGUUUUGUUGAAGCUGAAGGAAAAGGCAAACUGCCUUUAAGAGGGGUACUACCUGAUAUGACAACUUCUACAGAACACUAUGUCAAACUUCAAAGUAUCUAUCGAUCACAAGCAGCUAUGGAAGCAGAAAUAGUGUAUAGAAAAGUACAAGAAAUUGUUGCACAGCUACAUUGUGACAGUAUUAGUGAAGCUGAUGUGAAGCUGUUUUGUAGACAUGCUCAUGAUUUACAUUUAAUCAAAGGUUCAAACAUAGUGGAUGAGUAUCGAUUAGGGAAUCCAGUGACAUCAUAUAUAGCAAGAUAUUUAGAAGAACCAGAUGUUAUGAUGGUCCAUUAUAUUCUAUUAAGAUCUGCUGAGAGGUUUCAAUCUGAACAUUGCAGAGCUCCUGGUGAGUGGGAACCAGAGGGAGAUAUUGCCAAGCUAAAAACAUGUGUUACGAAACUACUGAGUGACAUAUCUUGUACACCAUUUCCUAAGGAUGAUCAUAUUCAUGAAAUGUGUAGAUACGGUGGGGCUGAAAUUCAUAGUGUUUCAGCUUUUCUAGGAGGAUGUAUUGCACAUGAAGCUAUUAAAAUUAUAACCAAACAAUACAAACCUGUUAAUAACACAUUUAUUUACGAUGGUGCUUCAACUAAUACCGCCACUUUCACAUUUUAAUGUAGCUUUUUCUAUAAAUUGAAUUAAAAUCUGAUAAAAUA